CUUUGUAUGUUUUGACUUCACUCAGGACUCGGUGAGUUUUUCUCAAAAAAUAUGGGUAGGACGCCAUGUUGCGAAAAGAAGGGGUUGAAGAAAGGGCCAUGGGCACCUGAAGAAGACGAGAUCCUCGUGAAUUACAUAAAGCAACACGGCCAUGGAAGCUGGCGUUCUCUUCCUAAGCUUGCAGGUCUUCUUCGCUGCGGCAAGAGUUGCAGGCUUCGAUGGACGAACUAUCUUAGGCCGGACAUAAAACGCGGUCCCUUCACCAUUGAAGAAGAGAAGCUUGUCAUUCAGCUUCAUGGCAUUCUUGGAAACAGGUGGGUCGCCAUUGCUGCUCAACUGCCGAGAAGAACGGACAAUGAGAUCAAGAACCUAUGGAACACUCACCUCAGGAAACGCCUACUUUGCAUGGGAAUUGAUCCACAAACUCACAAGCCCUUUCCCCCUUGCGGCGGUCCGAUCUUAGCCGCGCCUUCGUCUCCCGCGACUCGUCACAUGGCUCAAUGGGAGAGUGCUCGACUCGAAGCAGAGGCUCGCCUCUCCAAAGAGUCAUUGCAGCCUAAUUCUCCCGAUUAUUUUCUUCGGUUAUGGAAUUCAGAAGUCGGUGAAUCGUUUCGUAAGUUGAACAAUGAACACUCGACUGCUUGUCGAAGCUCGAUAUCGCAGACGUCUUCAUCGACGAAAUGCGGAUCGGUUUCGGCUGUUACGGUCGAUGCCUGCCCCAACGCAGCUGGUUCCUCAACCCCUGCAAGCAAUCGAAUCGACGAAACCGAGGAACAAAUCGACUCGUCCGAUUCAUGUUGCUCGGAAGAUUCAUCGGACACUGCACUGCAGUUGCUGUUGGAUUUCCCCAUUAACAAUGACAUGAGCUUCCUGGAAAACUGUUGA